AUGGCGACGACCUUUGACCUGCUUGAACGUCGAAAGGAACGAUUCGUUCUCUGGAAUCCAGCUGGCCAGUCUGCGCCGCGAUUGAUUCUCGGGACUUUCAAAGACACACCAAGUCCUGGCGCCGUGACCACUUUGUUCAGUGGAGACCUGUCACAGACGCAGAAAGAUCUCUGGGAGCUUUCUCUUGACGCCAUAGAUCCACCGCUGGAGAAUGGAAAGGUCUACCAUUACUGGUUCGAAGUGGACAACACGUUCCCUCUAAACUCGGGCAAAAUUACUGUGACGGACCCUCUGGCCUACACCGUGGAUUACAGGCAAUUUGGGGACCAACAAAGGAAAGAUGAUAUGCAGCCACCAGCAGUCAUCAAAUUCCGUGACGGGAAGCUUUGGCCGUGCGAUGUCGACGGCACAGAAUUGGUGCCCAUUCCUGCUCCUGUUCAACCCCAAGUUCCGGCAAAUAACCACAUGGUCAUCUACGAACUGCCACCCUCGUGGGCGAAAUCCGGCCCGAACGGAUUGCAAGUCGACCGAGGGACUUUUACUGACGUCCAGGCUUUGUUCGAUAAAGAAACCCCGGGUCUCAAAUUCAAGAGCAUCGCCGCCGUUCAGAAUGAGUCUAUCGUGGCCGACCUUGGAAUCAAUGCCCUGGAACUGUUGCCCAUCGCCGACUCAAAGUAUCUGGAUCAAUGGGGAUACUCAACUGCUCAUUACUUCGCCCCGGACUCUGAUCUCGGUUCGACCGCCAGCCUUGUUGAGCUCAUUCAAACAAUCACUCCCAACACAAGGCUCAUUCUGGACACAGUCAUGGCUUUUGGCCACGACCCCUAUAUAUAUGCGGCUUUCAUGCAGUUCCAUCUUGUUGAUCUCAACGCUGGCGACCCGUUGCGGAAAUUUGCGGAACCAGACAAUCAGGACAGCUAUACGUCCCACAACCAAGGACCAAGGAACUCGUACGGAGGGAGUCUCUGGCGGUAUGUCGAGGACAAUACGCAGACGUACGAUCCCCAGACAGGUCAAGCAACCUUGGUGCAUCCGUCAUGGUCUUUCCAUAGGGCCCAUCUUCACCAUUGGCUACUCAACUUUGGCGUUUCUGGUUUCAGACUCGAUAGUAUCAAUAAUGUCGCCAACUAUGGUUUUAUCAAGUACUACAAGGACUACGCGUGGCAGCUGCACCAGGCGCGGAACGGCUCCACCGACAAGUUCAUCGUCAUCGGGGAAGAGCUCAGCGUGCCCAAAGAUCUUCUCACCACUGGGACCCUGAACGCACUAUGGAACGAACCCUUCCAGGGCCGCCUUCGAGCGGCAAUACUAGGCGAAGAAGCUGACAAUGACGACUUCGAGUGGACGGUCAGGAAGAUGAUCGAUUGCACCUUGGACGGGUUCUCGGACGGAGCUCAAGCUGUCAAUUACAUCACUUCGCACGAUGUCGAGGGCUAUCGGAAGGAAAGAUUAUUCAACUUCCUGUCCAAUAACAAAGUCGACGACAUCGAGCGGCGCGCCAAACUCGCAUUCGCAUGCUUUCUCACCGCCGUUGGCAUCCCCAUGAUCUUUGCCGGUGAGGAAUUUUGUGACCAAAUGGACCUUGUUAUCGGCGAGAAACAAUCCGAUCCCGUCAACUAUGAGCGCAAGGGUGACGACUGGCGGACCCGCAUCUUCAAUUACGUUGCAACGCUCAUUGACCUCCGCAAAAAUUGCCCUGCUCUUGGCUUGGAUGACACAUCAUUCAUCCACGUUGACAACAGCCGCGGCGGGAAGAUUAUAGCCUGGGUGCGAGGAACAACCAAUCCAGUGGUUGUUGUUGCCAACUUCACAGACAACGACACUCCAGGGCCACAGUACUACGUACCAAACUGGCCGAAUCGAGAUCGCAACGACUGGAGAGAGAUCACGCAGAACCGGGCAGUGCCAGCCGAGUGGGUUGGAAAAGAGCCCUUGAUGCACUGGGAGGCGAAAGUAUAUACUUAUUGGAGGCCGAGUGAUGUGAACGGACGCGUGAAUGGCGUGAAUGGCACGCACAGUGGCUGA